CCCUCUUGCUUGCCAUAGUCUCUCACAUACGCGGCCAUUGUUACUCAUUAAAACAGUGAGAGCAUUUAUCUCAUUUUUUUUCUCCUCGUUUCCAGCCCACUCCCUCCUCCUUCUCUUCCUCCUCCUCCUCCCAUCCCCACAGCGUCUCUGUGUUUAUCCCUCUGUUUUCACAUGAGUCCAUCCAGAACCUGGUUCUGGCCGUCUUAUUUUCUGAAGAUGGACACAUCGUUUGUUAAAGAAAUGUGCGGAAUGCGGCGCUGGAAAUAAAGGAGGGGGAGCGUCUUCAUCGCCUGUCGGGAUUCAUGGAGACAACACAAGAAGAAGACAGCUCCUGUGACAAACCUGCUCCAGAGAAGGAACGCCGUGUGAAAGCUAAUGCCAGGGAAUACAAUGACAAGUUCUCAUAUGCCGACAAUCGCAUCAAAACAUCAAAGUACAACGUCUUCACCUUCCUGCCUGUCAACCUGUUUGAGCAGUUCCAGAGGGUGGCCAAUGCUUACUUUGUCAUUCUGUUGAUACUGCAGUUAAUUCCAGAAAUCUCCUCCCUGUCCUGGUUCACAACCAUCGUGCCUUUAGUUCUGGUGCUGACAGUCACAGCUGUGAAGGAUGCCGCAGACGAUUACUUUCGUCACAGGAGCGAUCAGCGAGUCAAUAACCGCCAGUCUCAGGUUCUCAUCAGGGGAAGUUUACAGAAAGAGAAAUGGAUGAACGUUCGAGUGGGCGACAUCAUCAAACUGGAGAACAAUCAGUUUGUUGCUGCAGACAUCCUCCUCCUGUGCAGCAGUGAACCUUAUGGUCUGUGCUACAUCGAGACUGCAGAGCUGGAUGGCGAGACAAAUCUGAAAGUCCGACAGGCUCUCAGUGUCACCUCAGAUUUGGGAGACGUUUCCAAACUGAUGGAUUUCGAUGGAGAAGUAAUUUGCGAACCACCAAACAACAAAUUGGAUAAGUUCACAGGAACGUUACACUGGAAGGAAAAUAAAUUCUCUCUGGAUAAUGAAAAAAUGCUUCUGCGGGGUUGUGUCCUCAGAAACACUGAGUGGUGCUUUGGGAUGGUCAUCUUUGCUGGAUUACAAACUAAACUGAUGCAGAACUGUGGAAAGACUAAAUUCAAAAGGACCAGCAUUGAUAAACUAAUGAAUACUCUGGUUUUAUGGAUCUUUGCCUUCCUCAUCUGUAUGGGAGUUGUUUUGGCCAUUGGAAACACGAUUUGGGAGACUUGCAUCGGCACAAAGUUCGAGGUGUUUUUGCCGCGGGUCGAGUUUCAGAGCAGCUCUGUUUUCUCUGGUUUUCUCACCUUUUGGUCCUACAUCAUCAUCCUCAACACAGUUGUGCCGAUCUCACUCUACGUCAGCGUGGAGGUUCUUCGGCUCGGCCACAGCUUCUUCAUUAACUGGGACCAGAAGAUGUACUGUGGUCAGACAGACACCUCAGCCGAAGCUCGAACCACCACCCUGAACGAGGAGCUCGGGCAGGUCGAGUUCAUCUUCUCCGACAAGACCGGCACCCUGACGCAGAACAUCAUGGUGUUCAGCAAGUGCUCCAUUAACGGACAGACGUACGGUGACGUCUAUGAUGAACUUGACCAGAGGGUGGAAAUUACAGAGAAAACAGCCUGUGUGGACUUUUCCUUCAACCCUCUCUGCGACAAGGGGUUCAAGUUUUACGACAGCGGCCUGGUCGAAGCCGUCAAACGAGAGGAUCCUUCAGUUCAGGAGUUCUUCAGACUGCUUGCUUUGUGCCACACCGUCAUGCCAGAGGAGAAGAGUGAAGGGAAUUUGGUGUACCAGGCCCAGUCCCCCGACGAGGGGGCGUUGGUCACCGCAGCACGAAACUUCGGGUUCGUCUUCCGAGCUCGAACCCCAGAAACCAUCACACUGUGGGAGAUGGGGCGGGCCGUCACCUACCAGCUGCUGGCCAUACUGGACUUCAACAACGUGCGCAAGAGAAUGAGUGUCAUUGUAAAAAACCCACAAGGCCACAUUAAGCUGUACUGCAAAGGAGCUGACACGGUCAUCUUCGACUGCCUGGAUCCUUCCAGUAACGACCUCAUGUACACUACCUCAGAACACCUCAGUGAAUUUGCAGGAGAAGGCCUUCGGACACUAGUGUUGGCCUACAAAGACAUCGAUGAAGAACUUUACGAGGUUUGGAUGAAGAGGCUUCGCUGUGCGAGCACCGUGAUCGAGAACCGGGAGGAGCAGCUGGCUGCUCUGUAUGAGGAGAUGGAACAGGGCAUGAAGCUUCUAGGAGCCACAGCCAUCGAGGACAAACUUCAGGAAGGCGUGCCGGAGACCAUCGCCUGUCUCAGUCUGGCUGACAUCAAGAUCUGGGUCCUGACAGGAGACAAACUCGAGACUGCCAUGAGCAUCGGAUACUCCUGCAACAUGCUGCGAGACGACAUGAACGAGGUGUUUGUUGUGUCUGGACACACACAGCUGGAGGUGCAGCAGCAGCUCAGGAGUGCUAAGGAGCACAUCAUCGGUCUGAGCCGGGUGAGCAGCGCAGGAGACGUAGAGAAGACCGACAUGUUUGCAGACGAUUCUGUGUUUGAAGAAGCCAUUAUUGCAGAGUACGCCUUAGUCAUCAAUGGACACAGUCUGGCUCACGCUCUGGAGCCCCAGCUGGAGCACAUCUUGCUGGAUUUGGCCUGCUUGUGUAAAACGGUCAUCUGCUGCCGGGUCACUCCGAUGCAGAAAGCUCAGGUGGUGGAGCUGGUGAAGAGGCACAAGAGGGCCGUCACGCUGGCUGUGGGAGACGGGGCCAACGAUGUCAGCAUGAUUAAGACUGCUCACAUCGGUGUUGGCAUCAGUGGCCAGGAGGGGAUGCAAGCUGUUCUGGCCUCAGAUUACUCCUUCGCUCAGUUUCGAUACCUGCAGAGGCUCCUGCUGGUCCACGGACGCUGGUCCUACUUCCGUAUGUGCAACUUCCUGAGCUACUUCUUCUACAAAAACUUUGCCUUCACCCUGGUUCACUUCUGGUAUGGCUUCUUCUGUGGUUUCUCAGCACAGACUGUGUAUGACCAGUGGUUCAUAACUCUCUUCAACAUUGUGUAUACAUCAUUACCUGUACUGGCUGUGGGACUUUUUGAUCAGGACGUCAAUGACCAGAACAGCCUUCGCUACCCGAGCCUGUACAAACCGGGCCAGCAGAACCUCCUCUUCAACAAGCACCAGUUCUUCCUGUGCAGCCUGCAGGGGAUGACGACCUCCUUCCUGCUUUUCUUUAUUCCCUACGGAGCCUUCUUCGUCAUGGUGAAAGAGGACGGCUCAGACUUCUCAGACCAGCAAACGUUCGCCGUCAUCAUAGCGACCGCUCUGGUCAUCAUCGUAAACGUUCAGAUUGGGCUGGACACACACUACUGGACGGCAGUCAAUCAUCUGUUUGUGGGGGGCAGCCUCGUUGUGUACUUCGUCUUGUUAUUUGCGAUGCAAAGCGACGGCUUGUUCAGCCUUUUACAAAGCAAUUUUCCUUUUAUGGGCACGGCCCGUAACAGCCUUUCAGAGAGGUGUGUGUGGCUGGUCAUCCUGCUCACCACUGUGGUGUGUGUUGUGCCGGGCUUGGUCGUCAGCUUCUUGAGAGCGAACCUCUUCCCGACGCUGACAGAUAAGGUCCGUCGUUUGCAGCGCUGCAGGAAGAAGCAGCGACCUCAGGAGCAGAGCCUGAGGCGCGUGAGCAGGAGGAGCUCCCGGCGCUCUGCCUACGCCUUCUCCCACCAAGAGGGCUACGGAGAGCUCAUCACCUCUGGCAAAAACAUGAGGACGAGCACCGUCUCCUCUGCUUGCUCCCCGGAAAGGACGGCGGACGGCUCCAACUGGAUAGAAAACGUGCUCAUGAGGAAGAAUGAAGUCGCUUGCAGCUCCUGAGCCAAAGACUAACAGACCAAGCACAAAAUGAGUGUCCUUCAUCUGAGGAGAUCUGGACUCAAACCAACACAAACGUACCUCAUUUUUUUAUUAUUAUGAAUCAGGUGAGAUGAAUGUUAAAGCUGAAGUGAAACAAAAUCAUUGUCUGAACAAAUCCAACUGUCUACAUUAAAGUCCAACACCCACCAUAGAGACGUAACAAAUAAACACAGAUGUUCUGUGCAAACGUUAAAAAGUAAAGCAAUUUUGUUUUGUGACGUCUUCAAACUGUUUAAAUCACGGUUUUGGAAACAGUCCCUUCACUUCCAUAUAUGAAGUGUGACAUCACGCCAUGCGAGACCGCCACAUUUCCUUUGCACCAGGCUGGGGGCAUAUGCAAAGACAGGCAGUCUCAUGGAGCAAACAACCCAAACUUAAAGAGAUUUAGUGUGUUUGGACUUUAGUGUUUAGUUUGAUCAGUUUUAGUGUUGUUUGUUUUUUACACUUGCAUGGCCAGAAUGCAAAAAAAAUAAUAAUCUUGUAUUCUGAAGAGCACUUGAGAAUGUAAUGGUGGGUGUUGGACUUUAAAGAAAUUAACCGUUUCAUCUGUAUCAUUAAGGACAUUUGUUGAAUUUGUUUCACUUUUACAGCAGGUUCAGAAAGCACAGAACUUUACACUUUAUCAUCAUUCUUAUUGCCAUUAACCAAACUAGAGACACAUGACUUUGUAACGCUAAAGAUUUACAUACCUCACUGUUCUGUGCCUUGAAAGGUUUGAUUUAGGUUGGAUUUAAAAAUGGGUAAAAGUGGAAUGCAUGGCUCAAAAUCUAUUUAAAAAUAAAAGAUAAACUGCUGAAUGUAUUAAACUGACAGCUGAUCAAACUCCAAACCUGGGUCCAGUGAAGCAAAUAAAAUUUGUUUAAAAGAAAUAAAAUAAAAAGAAGUUGAGCAGAAUGAAUGACAGGAAACAAUCUGUAUUUUUGGUUGUAUGUCAGUAUCUAUUAUUGUAAACAGUUUAUCAUGUUUUUGCUUCUUGAUCUAUAUCCUUUAAUAAAAGGAUAGAUUGAUUUUA